AUGAGAAUGAGUGAGGAGCCGGAAGAUGAGUUCAAAGUGCCGGAAGUAACAGAUGUGGAAAUGCCUCCUAAACUAUUGGAAGAAAUAGAACGAUUGAAGGCAAUAACAGAACAGGGAGUUACUACUAAUCAGAACUUGGAAGAGUCUCUUGAAUUCAAGAAUCCAUACCUUUUAGAAAAAAUUAUGGCAGUAUUUGAUAUCAAGGGAUACUGCUCAAACUACAACAAGGAUGUGUAUGAUCCCGAAGUAUACGAGGCCCUUGCAAACGAACCACUGGAUACAAAGGGUGAGUAUCUAAAACUAUAA